CUUUGAUUAGGGUCAAUGUCUUAUAUUCAGUUUAAAAGAGGAAAACACAGACGAGCUGCACUCAUCUGUCCUGAGACCGCUAAAAUGACAUCUGAAAUGUCUAAGUUUUCCGUUCUGUUAUUGUUACUGCUGGUUGUUUGUGAUCGAUCUUCAGGCUUCAGGCCGUACCAAUCAGUACUGCAGGUUCAAAAUGGGAUGAGCUGGGGUGAGUGGCGUCAGAAAGACAUGUGUCCGGAUGGGAUGUAUGCUGCAGGAUUUAGUCUAAAGGUUGAAAGGUCAGUAGGGGAUGCUGAUGACACUGCUCUCAAUGGGAUUCGUCUUCACUGCAUUCACAAAGAUUCAUCAGCCCCACAUAAGAGCUACGCCACAGUUCAGUCUGAAACCGGGAGUUGGGGUGAAUGGACAAGAAUUGAAUGGUGCCCGGGUGGAUUUUUGACAUCUUUUCAGCUCAGAGUUGAACCCAAUCAAGGGAAAGGGGAUGACACAGCAGCGAACAAUAUCAGGUUUCUCUGCAGUACUGCUAAUAUUCUGGAGGGCUCAGGAAUGAACUGGGGUAACUGGGGUGAAUGGAGCGCCAGAUGUCAAGGAAAAGGAAUCUGUGGGAUUAUGACGAGGGUGGAGCCGCCACAGGGGAGCGGUGAUGACACAGCCCUCAAUAAUGUGCAAAUGUAUUGCUGUGAUUAGACACAAUUACUGCAAACACUUUGUCUCAAGAAAGGACUUUAUAAGUCGGACCAUAAGGAUAGAAAUUAAUAUUAAGCAGCACAUAACUAAAGGAUAGAAAUAUUAUUAGAAAAAACUAAUACUGAUAAUUGGUUUGACUGAAAGUAUAAUGUCUGAAUACAGCUGUGUGUCUUGUGUAUAUUAAAGUCACAUCUCCACAUCUAUAUUAAAGUUUCAUCUCCACUAAAAACAUUAGAGUGAGUUUUAUUGAUACUGUUUUGUAUCUGAAAUGUACUGUUUUGAUCAAUCUUAGGAUUUGAAAAGUACAGUAUAUCAAAAAGAUGAUGGGGGAAUGUUUGGGAUGUUUUGAGGUGUUGCUUUAAUGUGAUUAUACUUUAGCUGCUCACUUGAUUGUUAAGAGGUGUCAUUAAUUCAAACUCUUUGAACUUGUGAAAUCUUGUUUAAUAAUGAUCAUUGCUUGUGUGUUUGACUGACGAAGGUCUCUGACUGAAAUGUUGCUGUUUUAAAACUUUUCUGAAAUAAAGGGACUUUAACAGUG